GAGCUCAAGCUGAGCUUGAGUCCGCGAACCGAGGUUAACCCUUUCGCUGCGUGAAAGGAAGGAGCAGGCAGAAAAGGUGUUAAGCUCUGGCGAAGAGAUGGCGCCGCCCAAGCGUGGGAAAGCGAAGGGUGGUUCCGCAGCAUCUGCGACCGUCGUCGCUCCGGCGGAGAUCAAAUUUCCCGGUUGCCUCCGUCUCCUUCCUCCGUCCACCGUGGCCAUCACCAUCCACGCGAAGCCAGGGUCCAAGGUCGCCACCAUCACUGAUGUCGGCGACGACGCUUUAGGAGUUCAGAUCGAUGCCCCAGCGAGGGAUGGUGAGGCCAACGCGGCGCUGCUCGACUACAUUAGUUCGGUAUUAGGUGUGAAGAAAAGGCAAGUGUCUAUUGGUUCUGGUUCAAAAUCCAGGGAAAAGGUUGUGCUUGUGCAAGAGGUAACUCUACAGAACGUCCUGGAUGCCCUUAACAAGGCGUGGAAAUGUGACUAGCCAUGGAACUGAAUUCUCGAGUAACACUGGGAAUUGUAACACACUCUUGGUUUGUUAACUAAGCCAUAGAGGACUUGUUUGUUUAAAUGUCAAAUAGAAAACAUAUGUUGGAAGAGAGAACUAAUUAUCUUUCAUCUAGUUCAGUCUUUGCCGAUUGAAAGAUUGUCAUGUAGCUCUGGCGGAUAUUUAUGCGUAAAUAUUUAUUGGAAGCCUGUAGUUUGGAUAUUUUUAA